AUGGUCCGUGUCGCGGCCCUGACUGCCUUCCUGGUCGGACUGUGGGACAUAACAAGUAUCUCUAAGCUCGUUUGCGCGGGGCAACAUAACCCAGCAUAUUUAGACUCGUCCCUCCCGCCCAAGGAACGAGCGGCAGAUCUACUCCAACGUAUGACCUGGGAAGAAAAGGUAGGCCAGCUGGGUGGUGUUCGACGAACUCUUGGGCGCACCAACGGACAAGCGACUCUUAACAAGACGGCCUUCGAUAUUGCUCACAAGACUCAGAAUGGGCAGAUAGGCCUGGGAGCUCAGUACAACUAUGCCAAGGACGUUUUGCCGGUCGUGAACGAACUACGUGCUGAGCAGAUCAACAGUACGAGGCUGGGCAUCCCGUAUGUGGUAAUUACAGACUCCAUUAACUCAGUAUGGGUGUCUGGCGGUACAUUGUUCCCUGGUGCUAUUUCUAUGGCCUCGUCAUGGAACCUGGAUCUUUACGAGCGAGUCAUCGCCGCUAUCCGAGACGAGAACCAUGCGCUUGGCGUUAACUGGGUUCUUUCUCCGGAACUCGAUAUCGCCUACGACCCUAGAAAUGGUCGAAAUGGCGAGAUGUUUGGAGAGGACACUUAUCUCAUCUCACAAUUUGGCACGAAGCACGUUCAGACCAUGCAGGCGAAGGAUGAUAACGGCUUCGUCAAGAUCGCGACAACAGUUAAGCACUGGGUUUACGGGCGCGGUAAUGGCGGUGUUAACCGAGCGAGCAUGUCCGGAGGCAUAAACCAUAUCAUGAACGAUCUCGCAGCCCCGUACAUUAAAGUUAUCAAGGAAGCCGAACCCCUAUCGUUGAUGGUAUCCUACGCGUCAGUAGAUCGUGUACCUAUGUCUAUCAAUAGGCACAUGAUUCAGGACAUACUAAGAUACAACCUUGGAUUCGAGGGACUAGUCAUGUCAGACGCAAGUUCCAUACAAUAUACUACGACAGAAUCGAAAGUCGCAAAAUCUCGUGAAGACGCUGCUCUGAAGGCCCUUCGCGCGGGACUAGAACACGAACUAUCUCCUGAUGGAGCAGGCCUAUACACGACUCUGAUUAACGAAUUCAACAACACCGAAAUCGCCAAUCUAAUUGACAAGUCCGUCUUAGCUCUGCUUGUGAUUAAAUUCGCAACCGGUGUAUUUGAUAACUCGCUACCGUCGGUUGAGAAAAUGGCGAACACGCUGAGAAAUGAGGACCACUUGGAAAUAAAUCGAAAUAUUUCCCGGGAAUCUGUCGUACUCCUAAAGAAUGAUGGCAUCUUGCCUCUGCAGAGGAAUAACAUAGGCAAGAUCGCAGUUGUGGGUGCGUACGCAGACAUGAUAAACGCCGGCAUGUACGCGGCUUGCAACGCCACUGAUCCUGCUUACGGCGACUCGUUGCGCCGUAGUCUCUCAAAGGAACUUGGGGAUGAGAAUGUGCUCUACGCUCACGGUGUCGAUGCGCUUCCUUCGAACGAUAGCUCAGGCAUCGAUGCAGCCAUGGCAGUUGCUAGGGAAGCUGGGUUUGCUGUCGUGGUUCUCGGUUCAGGAUAUGGCACAUUUGAUGCAACCGAGAUAAAUAACCGUCGCACGGAUGGUGAGGGGUUCGCGCAUGCAGAGUUAGGAUUCCCAGGGCUCCAACAACAGCUAUUAGAUGCCGUACUAGACACUGGUGUCCCUACGAUACUAGUUAUGAGCGGUGGACAGACAUUCGUUCUUAAUGAAUCAACGAUGCGAUCCGCUGCUAUUAUCCACUCCUGGUUAUCUGGCGAGUUCACUGGCGACGCACUCGUCGAGAUUUUAUUCGGCGAUACGAAUCCUAGCGGAAAGCUGACAGUGACGAUGCCCCAGGCCAACGGCGCAUUUCCUGCUGCGUACGAUUAUUUGCCAUCUGAUGAUCAAGGAGGGUUCGGUACUGCUACAUUAUACGACUGGCAGUGGCCGCAAGUAGCUCGAUACGCACCCUUAAGGUUCGGAUUUGGGUUGAGCUAUACGACGUUUAACAUUUCGUCGCCGGUCACUCCGAGUGCGGUUUCAUAUGGGGGAGACGUAUCAGUGAGCGUAAGCGUGAAAAAUACCGGAAAAGUGGCAGGCAAGGAAGUGGUGCAAUUGUACUAUCGACCCGAGUACAGCGUGAUUGAAUUCCCGGUUAUGAAACUUGUCCGUUUUGUCAAAAUAGACCUAGCUCCAGGUGAAUCCAAGGAUAUUAAGUUGGUAGUACCGCACAACGAGCUUGGAUAUUACAUCGAUGGAAUAUGGAAUGUGGACUCUGGGAACUACACUUUUUGGAUUGGAAGUAGUUCUAGGACCGAAGACUUACAUCGAUUCAAUGUGACAAUAUCAUAG